AUGGCCAAUCAAGUCCUGCAACUGGAUAAGAUCGCGGCGCCCGAUGACUUACCAGAGGUGAUGCCAGUCCUUUUCUCAUGGAACUACAUCCCACGGCUGCCGCCAUUCAUCAACGCACGGGAGUGGACCUUUGAGCUGCCUAUUGAUACCAACCGCGAUGCUGUCGACCCUUCUUGGCGCAACUCGUUUCCCAUCAAUCCCAAAGCUGCGAGUCUGCCCUAUCAUACUGGCCUGACAUUCGCGCGCCACAACCGGUUCUGGAGGUCGGCACUCAGAUACGCAGCAGAGCUCUGUGAACUUCUUGCCACAGAUCAGAGCUACAAUAAUACAAACCUAACGCGGGGAGGUACCCUAGCAAGCAUCGGCCAGCGGGAACUGAAGAAGCCUGAGGGCGAGCGCUUCGUCACUUUUGCGAUCAAUCUCUUCCCACAGGCAGAUGAGGAACGCAUGCAAUUGAUUGCUGCUGGCAUUUUAUUCGUCGUGACGUUCGAUGAUUCUUGGGAAGAAGCUCCAAGCGAGUCGCUCCAAAACGUCCAAUCCGACUUCGUCGCGCGCCUCCGCGGCGAAGCCAGCUCCACAUCCACCGGCAGCCCAUCCAACGCCCGCACGCCUCUCCAGACCCGCAUCGACGAGAUCGUCUCCCGCUGCCACUCCUGCGACGCGCGCACCGGCACCACCUGCGGCGCCGACUUCAUCGCCGCGCUAAUCGAAUGGGUCCAGCACCCGCCACCGGCGCCCGCCAACUUCGCCACGCCCCGCGCGUACCUCGACUACCGCUGGGACGACGCCGCGAACGCGUGGCUCGUCGCCGCGUGCCGGCUCAGCAUCGCGUCGCCCAUCCCCAUGGGUGAGCCGCGCCUGGCGCGGCUCGUGCGCCUGGUGGGCGAUCACGUGUCGAUUGUGAAUGAUCUGGGGUCGUUUGAUAAGGAGUGGGCGGCGUUCGAGGGCGGGCGGACUGUCGUGCUGAUUAAUGUUGUGCAGGUGCUAAGGGAGAGCUGUGGGCUCGGCGUGGAUGAUGCGAAGGCUGCGGCGUUCGUGCUGCAGUUGCUGAAUGAGAGGGAGAUACGGGAGGAGCUUGAGCGCUUGAAGAGAGACGAGGAACUGGGCGUUGAGCAUUGGCGCUUUGUGGAUUCGUUGCUGGCGCUUAUCGCGGGCAAUACGUUUUAUACCAUGACGACGUCUAGAUACGGUGGUGAGGCAGCGAGGAUCAAAAAGGAUUGA